GGCAGGGGGCGGGUGCGGCCGCCCGCGCCUCCCUCCGGCUGUGCGGCUGCGAAGGCUGCGCUCGGUUCCUGCUCGGGGCGGGCGGGCCGGGGCAGCCUGUGCGGCGCGGCCGCCGAGGGGACGCUGCACGCCGUGCCCGCGCCCUACAGCCCAGGUGGCUAUUUUUAAUGCAAUAGUGUUGUUAGCUGGCUGAAGACUAAACAUGAGAAUAGCAGGUGCUGCAAAGUUGGUAGUUGUCAUAGCAAUAUUUUUGUUGACAUUUUAUGUCAUAUCUCAAGUGUUUGAAAUAAAAAUGGAUGCAAACUUAGGACACAUAUUUGCUAGAUCAGCAUUGGAUGCAGCUGCACGCUCUACAAAACCUCCAAGAUACAAAUGUGGAAUCUCUAAAGCUUGUCCUGAAAAGCAUUUUGCAUUCAAAAUGUCAAGUGGAGCAGCAAAUGUAGUUGGACCUAAAAUUUGUGUAGAGGAUAAUGUUUUAAUGAGUGGAGUUAAAAAUAAUGUUGGCAGAGGAAUAAAUGUGGCCUUGGUCAAUGGUAAAACAGGAGAAGCAUUAGACACUAAGUUCUUUGACAUGUGGGGAGGAGAUGUGGCACCAUUUAUUGAAUUUCUGAAGUCCAUCCAGGAUGGAACAAUAGUGUUAAUGGCAACAUAUGAUGAUGGUGCAACGAAGCUUAACGAGGAAGCCCGGAAACUGAUUGCUGAACUGGGAAGCACAUCAAUUACCAACCUUGGCUUCAGAGACAACUGGGUCUUCUGCGGUGGAAAAGGAAUUAAGACUAAAAGUCCAUUUGAACAGCAUAUAAAGAAUAACAAGGACACAAACAAGUAUGAAGGCUGGCCAGAAGUUGUCGAGAUGGAAGGCUGUAUCCCUCAGAAACAAGACUAAAUGAAAACAAAAGGAAAGGAUAAAGAAUACGGAAGAAAAUGCACUUUCUGCUAUUAUUAGAGAGAGGGCUAUGAAGGAGACUGCACUGUAAAUAAUAUUUUUAAAGCAUGCAGCCAUCUUGUCAGUGUGUGCAUGAGCACUGACAUUUUGAAUAUUGGGAUUAUUUAUUGCUAACACACAUAGAAAUUCUUUUUGUAAAUAUGUCCAAAAUAAAAGAAACAUCAAAUCAUUUCUAUGCAGGUUUCUUAAAAGCACAGUAUUUAGUUUUGCCUGUGGUAAAUAAUAUCUUGUAGAUAACUGGCCGAUAAAUUACAUAUGUGGACAAUAAAUAGAUCCUGACAAAUGUACUGUCUUCUUAACAGUGCAGUGUUGCUGUGACUAUGUAAACUUAAUGGAAUAUUGUAGAUUUUAGUGAUAAAUUAAUAAGGAGCUUUAAUUUUUUUUAUCCUCUGCCUUUUUAAUGGCAGCAUCACUUUUUAUUAAAGCUAUUUGGUUACUCUGAUUCCGCAUGCUCCAAAAAUUUUUGUAGUUCCCCAUGAAAACAGAAUAAUCAGCAAAGGAAGAAUAUAUGAUUGUGUAACACAGGUAUGCCACGAAAAGCACAAUAGAAAUUAUUUUUUUUUAUCUUUAGGGGAUGAACAAAAAUAAAUAUAUAAAUAGUGUGUGUGAUAUUUAAAACAGACUUGGAGGAAUUUGUACUUAACUUGAAAGUGUUUACUUUAUGGAAGAGACUUGGCAUGUUAAACAGCAGUACUCUGAGUAAUUUGUUCAGUUUUUAUUGCAAUUCUUGUACUGCUGCUUAACCACUGAUUCUCUCUAUGGCUAUUCGGCUAUAGUGGCUGGUCAUAUAGUAAAUGUGCAUAAUGGAAUAGCUUCCUCUUUCAGUUCUAACAUCAGAAUUAGAUUUCACGUCCCAAAGAGCCUGUUGGAAAGCAGUCUGCCUUCUAGUGAGAGUUGUUUCAGGGUACACAGUUGUGAUCCUUUACCACCCAUGUUACUUCUAAUGUGAGCUGAGGCAACCUGUUCUUCCAGUGAAAUGUUAAGAGCAUUGUGUCUUGGGUUAUGCAAAGUGUUACUUGUAAACUUAACUGACAAUGCUUUUUUUUAUGGAAAAAAAAUGAGCCAAGUUUAAGUGGCCUUAUUCUGUAGCUUGUAUGAGAGCUGUGAGAAGACCUUGCUUUCUUGGUAAAUUUCUGUUUAAGUAGGGCCAGCUUGAACUUUUCCUGAAACUAAGUAGGGUAUAACUGACGGUGUCUGUAUUCACAAAUUAAGGGCUGACACAGAAUUGGCUGUAAUCUCUUGGGCUUUGUGUCAUGAGUUUUGGUAUAUUCUGUGUAAACUUCAAGCUAGUACCGUGGGGCAAAAACCACAAAGGAUUUUUCAAGAACCCACAGUGAGUUUAACACAGAGGCAUUAGAAAUACUGUUAUUGUUGAUGUUUUCUGAGACAAAUUCUGUGCACUAAAAAUUCCAAGCAAUAUUGAGAAUUACCUUGUAAGACAAAUAAAUAACCUCUGAUACCAGAGUAAGACUGGA